UCCCCCCACUCACCCGGGAACCUGAGAGAUAUAAGGCACAACGUGAGCAGGGACUCGUUCCACAGUAGGGUCCGGAGGAGCGAUGGUCACCCGGGAUCGAGCCGAGAAUAGGGACGGCCCCAAGAUGCUGAAGCCGCUUGUGGAGAAGCGGCGCCGGGACCGCAUCAACCGCAGCCUGGAAGAGCUGAGGCUGCUGCUACUGGAGCGGACCCGGGACCAGAACCUCCGGAACCCGAAGCUGGAGAAAGCAGAGAUACUGGAGUUCGCCGUGGGCUACUUGAGGGAGCGAAGCCGGGUGGAGGCCCCGGGGGUCCCCCGGUCCCCAGCUCAGGACGCCGAGGCGCUCGCCAGCUGCUACUUGUCCGGCUUUCGCGAGUGCCUAUUUCGCCUGGCGGCCUUCGCGCACGACGCCAGCCCCGCCGCCCGUGCCCAGCUCUUCUCCGCGCUGCACGGCUACCUGCGCCCGAAGCCGCCCCGGCCGGAACCGGUAGAUCCGAGGCCCCAAGCGUCGCGCCCACCGCUGGACCCCGCCGCCCCGGCGCCUGGCCCGGCGCUGCACCAGCGUCCCCCAAUGCACCAGGGCCCCCCUAGCCCGCGCUGCGCCUGGUCCCCGUUCCCUUGCUCUCCCCGCGCCGGGGAUUCAGGCGAGCCGGCGCCCCUCACCGGACUGCUGCCGCCACCACCGCCGCCUCACAGACAAGACGGGGCGCCCAAGGCCCCGCCGCCCCCGCCGCCCGCUUUCUGGAGACCUUGGCCCUAAGCUUUGAGGGGUGGGGGCGGGGGCGGGGGCGGAGGCUGGGGUUAGGGUAGAGACUCCAGCCCGAGGGCAGCAGAGGGACCCGGGCGUCGGGGAGAGGAGGUGUUGGGGAGGGCGGCGGGGCGCGCGGGCGCAGCGCGCGGGUGAGAUGUGGUUUAUAUUAGAGUAUCUAUAUAAAUAUAUAUUUCCCUGGUUCCUGUCCCUUUUCCCUGCCCCCCUCCUCCCCUUGCGUCUAGGAUUGUACCCUUUCUGCCCCCGGCCCAGCUCCUUCUCGAGUCCCUAGUGCAUGGAAUAAAGUGGUUAUUAAAUCCCGGUGUGUCCCCGAGCCAGGGGCCUGCCUUUAUCUCGGCGUCCACGCCCACUUUCCCUCCCCUUCUGUCUCCUGCCCCCCCCCAGUCCUGCUCUCCAUGGCCCAAGCCCCGGGGCAGACAGGUAAGUAAAGAAGAGAGCAGAGAGAAUGGGGUUGGAACUGAAAACAGGUGGAAAACAGAGAUAGGGGAGAAGGGGUGGGAUCCUGAAACAGAAAGGAAAAAGGUGAAAUAAAACCGACUCUGGUGGGAUUCGAACCCACAACCUUUGAAUCACCUGCUGAGCACUAGAAGUCCAAUGCGCUAUCCAUUGCGCCACAGAGCCAUCUAGCGGGCGGCGGCGUCUAACGGCCUACGGGUACUAGAAGGGGAAAGGGGCACCGGAGGGACAGAAGUGUGAGCGAAUUGGGUGGGAGGUGCCAAGAGUGCUUGGUUUGGACUUCAGAGGCCUGCCUGGGAGAGGUAGCUACAGGCGCAAAGCAGGUGAGCCAGAUGGCAGUGCGGGCGCGCAUGGGUGGAAGAAACAGGGAGAGAGAGAGCAACCGAAUAUGAGCGUGAGGGCGAGUACAGAGCUCCGGCUGCCCGCUUGGGAGAUGCCUCCAAUCCAGGAGCACCCCACUCCCAAAUGUGGGCCCACCCUUCAAAAUAAACUUGUUUUGCUGUAAA